UAAACAACUCGAAUCAUUUCAUAAUGAAAAAUGGCAAAGUUGAAGUAUUAAAACCAGGACUUUAUUUCGUUUAUGCUCAAAUAUACUAUUCAGAUAAACAUGACAUCAAUGGAUACUAUGUUAUGAAAAAUGAUGAAAAAAUACUUGGUUGUACUUCAACACGACAUCAAGAUACUCAAGCAUUAGAAACGUGUUACACUGGAGGUCUAACAUAUUUCAAUUUUAAAGAUAACUUAUCCAUAAGAGGUUUAGAUAGUAACAGAUUUAUAAUUUUGGAUCCUGUAAAGAGUUUUUUUGGGCUCUUUAGAAUAUCAUAA